AUGUUCGGAAGAUCCGCUGGCACAACACGAUCAGGUACUACAGCGACAUCAGACAGGCGCCAGACGAGAAGGAACAGGAGCAGGACGAGGAGAAGAAGAGCGCAGCCGUCGUCUUCAUCUCGACGCAGUCGAGGUUUCUGCAGCUCCUGCUCGCAUUUGAAGCAGCAGGCUUGUCGCAUUUUCCAAGCUGGAAAAAGUCUUGCUCGGCAGCUACGGAUACUGUUCAAUCCAUGGAGACCAACUACUUUGGGAGACGAAGGUCACGGGGAAGAGGAUCCGCUGUCCCUCGAAGAGUUGCUCCUGCAAAUCGAACAAAUGCAACGAUAUCAUGGUAAUCAGAAUCGAAGAAUUGGAAGUGAACAACCAGCAGGCCCAACAUCAUCUGGGUCCGGUCCUCCAAGCAGUAGGGAG